AUGGAAAAGGAACAAGAUAGACACGAUACAUUUAGAUCUAUUCAAGAUAUUAUUCAUGCAACACAUCAUCCAAGAGUCUUUGCCAGAGCUGGCUUUUACAAAAAUGAUCAAUCGGUGAUCUGCUUCAAGUGUAACUUGAAAAUAGAUAUUAGCGAGAUCAACAAAGUGAAUGAUAUUGUGGAAUAUCAUACAACGAAGAAUCCGGAAUGUAUAUUUGCUCGAAAUUUACCUCCACUUCCAAGAUCAAAACUUGGAUCACAGUAUCCUAUAAUGACUAUGCAUGGCCAAUCCAACCCUAACUGUAAAUUUGCACAAGGUGAAGCUGUUGGCAAUGUUCCUAUUUCUAUAGCAAGUAUAGCAGAAGCUGGCUUCUUCUAUAAAGGAUACCGUGAUCAUGUUUAUUGCUUCCACUGCAAUCUCGGUAUAUGUAAUUGGGAAAGGAAUGAUAACCCAUGGAUACUACAUGCUAUGUAUAAUCCCGAUUGUCCCUAUAUUCGAAAAUUGGGUUAUGCUGCUAUCGAACAGGCAAAGAGGGAAAAACGGUUGAUGUACAAGAAACCUGCUCCACAUAGUCCUGUAACGGAAAAUGAUUGGGAUAUUCUUAUGGGUUUGGAUAUCACGAAAAAAUUGCAGAUAUCAGAAUACCCCACUUGUGCUAUUAAAGAUUGUCUCAAGGAUCAAAUUAUGAAAUAUAGAAAACCAUUUUGUACUAUACAAGAAUGUAUUAUGGCAAUAAGACUGAAAAUUACAUCAUAUGGUAAAAUGGAUACGGGAUUAUGGGAUCGUAUCACUGACUAUGCAAAAGAUAAAAAUUAUCUAUUACCCAACAUUAAGCAUGAUAUAAAUGAAGAUAAUGAAGCUCAAGAUGAUAAGGCUGAACAUAUACAAUUUUCUGAUGAUACAUCUGUGACUAUAAGGGAUAUACACUUGAAGAAAAAUCCCGAUUGUAGGUUUGCACAGGGUAAACCAAGCCCAGAAUUACUAGUAGAAGCUGGAUUCUAUCAUACUGGAAUUAGUGAUCAUGUUCAAUGCUUCCAUUGUGGCGUUGGUCUUCGCAACUGGGAAUGGGACGAUGAUCCUUGGGAGCUACAUGCUAAAUGGAAUCCUGAUUGUAUUUAUGUAAAACUUAUCAAUAAAGUCAGAGUAGAAGAGUCUUAUAUACCAUUAAAAGGUACCUUUAAUAUUAGUCAAGAUCAACAUGAUCGAUUGGAGAUAACGAAACAGGAUUGGAAUAAUCUUUUGGGUUUGGAUUAUACUAGAAACCUAAUAAUACAAGGGUUCCCUGUCAUUGCCGUCAGAGAUGCGCUCCGUGAUCAAAUUUUACAAACCGGCAUACCGUUUUCCAGUGAAGUCGAAUGUGUUUCAGCCGUACGGACAAAAAUCGAAUCGUAUAAAAAUAUAGAUAGAAAUGACAACGAUGAUAUUGCUAAUUUGAAACCAGAAUGUCUUGUAAAUUAUCAAACAGUAUAUGCUGUCAUGAGAUUUACACAGAUGAUUACAAAAAAGAAAUAUGAAUCUUCUUAUCCUAUCGACAAUACUGAAGAUCCUAUUUAUUUAUUUAAACAGUCAACAUUUAUCUCUAAUAUAGAUCCUAAUAUUCCUGAAUAUGGUCACGAAAUUUUCUUUAAGCUUCCCUAUCCCGAUCAUAGGUACAACUAUCAUUUGGAGAAUAAACAUGAUCAUACAGAUGAGAAGCGACUAUGUAAAGUGUGCAUGACUGAUGAAGUGGACGUGGUGAUUCUCCCCUGCGAUCACAUGGUCUGCUGUGCUAAAUGCUUAUUAACCCAGUCAAAGUGCCCUAUCUGUAGAGGGACAAUUGAAAAAGUUGUUAAACCAAUUUUACUUUAA